UAGCUCUGCGUACGUACAGAAUUUGACAGGUGUCAUGUUUUUAUAAAAUAUGUGAGAUUUAUAAUUAUGUAUCACUUUUGAUAUUAUAUUGCACAGCAUACAUCCUACUCCAAUAUGUCUUCGGUUUUAAUAAGUGACAGUAAGAGUCCAUGUUAUAAUAAAGAAGAAGAAGUCACUUUGCAGAGUAAUACAAUUCAAGCGAAAGUGUAUACCACAGAUGAAGUGGAUUAUAUACCAAAUAAUGCCCAUGUUACUAAUUUCGACAUAUUUGCUCUGGCAGUGUCGAUAAUUAGCCAUAUAGUUGAUAUUGGCUUAGAUAUUAAUUUAGCCUACCGUUAUUUCCACGGCGGUAGGACUGAAUAUUUUAUUCUUACCGUGUUAUUUAUACUCUUUCCUGCUUUGGUGAACACUAUCAUCAGUAUCAGAAUGUAUGCAUUGGAUAAGGAAAGUAAUUCAGUAUCAAAGAUGGCAUCUAGAAAAUGGGUAAUUCGUAUUCUUGUCUUGCUACUCCAACUUGCACCAGUCCUGAGGUACUGUGAUUCAUUAAGCUAUGCACUGAAAUCUAGACGUGCAGAGAAACAAAAAGAUAGUGUGAACCAGUGGCGGUAUUAUGAAAAAAUGCUGAAGGAAGAUUGUGAUGUGGCAUUACUGCGUGUGUUUGAAUGUUUCUUAGAAGCUGCUCCACAGCAAAUUCUACAAAUAUCUAUUUUAUUAGUUGAUACUAGAGAUGGUUCAACUUUCCAGUGGUUGCAUCAAGCUGGUUCCAUCAUCAGCUCACUACUGAGCAUGGCAUGGUCUAUGGCUUCAUAUCACCGCUCUAUACGAUUUGUUCAAGACAAGAAAGAUAAUAUCUCUUGGAGUGGUACAGUAAUGCACUUCUUGUGGCACUUUAUGAUAACAGUUUCACGUAUAUUAUCAAUAAGUGUCAUAGCAACUUUAUUUCCAAUAUGGACAGCAUUAGCAUGUGCUAUCCAUUGGUUGGUAAUGACUACAUGGCUAUCUCUGCUGGAUCGAACAGCCUUCUGCAAAUCCUCACCAAAUGGUGCUACAACGAAGGAACGUGUAGGUGAAAUCCUCUUUGCUGCUACCUUGGGGUUAGUCUACAUUUUCACAUACAUCACACCCAGUGAGGGCAGAACACGUACAAGGUACUUAGUAUAUUACACAGUUUGCUUUGUAGAGAACUUGAUAUCAACUGUGAUGUGGGCCAUAGAGGCAUAUCCUCAAGUCAAAAAUACAUGGUAUUUUCUACCACUGCUCAUAUUUUCCACUGUGCCUUUUAUAAUAGGAAUUAUGUUCAUGAUUUUAUAUUACAUGUAUUGUCAUCCAAAGGGAAUCUCUCCAACAAACCACAUUCAGUCAAAUUUUAAUUCUGCAUUAGCAGAUGACACAAAUACCUCAGAACCUCAAGGAUAAUAAACAUUUAGCUUAUGAAUUCUCAUUAGAAAAUAUUUUUAUAUGUGAAAAGAAUGCUAAUAUUUAAGGAUUGUAAGGUAGUUUCACACAGCUUACAUUAACAACUGACUUGAAAUUAAAAAGUUGUGGGUAAAGUACAAAGCGUACCAAAAGAGUUCAAUUGAUUUAAUGGAAAAUGCUAAUUUUUACUGUAAUAUUUAUUUAACUGUAUUGAUGUCUCCAAAACUGGAACCAAAAUCUACCAGCCAUCAGUGGGAAGUAGCGUUACUCAGUUUUAUUUAUACUCAGUGUUUGAAGUGAAAGAAGUAAAAAGUGGAUGGUCUGUGUAAUAAUUAUAUCAUUGUUUAAUUUCUGUUCCAUUUAAACAGAUACGAAUGUGUUGUGUUGUUAACACUUUCAUAAGUAUGCAUAUACACAAACAUUCUCUAACUUUGUUUCAGUAGAAUGCACAUUCACAUAUUUGUGCGCUUCCUCCUUCACAUAUUAUCUUCAUCUCUUCAGAACUAAUGUAAAACUGAAAUAAGAAAAUCAAAGUCCAUGUCAGCCUACUUGUAGCCAAGGCAGCACAAAGCUCACUUCCAAAGUUGUGAAAAUUAUACAAAUUUGAAAGGUAGUGAUGUAUAAACUAAUUUUUGAUUACUGAAAUUGUAAAAAUAAUUCUCUUUUGUGGGGUCAAACAUGACAAAAAACUUUACAAAAGAAUAAACUUCAGCUACAUUUACAGGUUGUUCUGCAUUUUCAAAGUCUCCUGAAUUUGCCACUGAGAAAAUUGAGAUAAAGUAUUUAUUUAUUAUUACCAGAACUAAAUAUGGAAAAAGAAUUCUCUAGUGGGUUCACACAUGACAAGAAACUUUACAAAAGGAUUAACUUCAGCUACAAUAUUUACUGUUAGUCUAGCAGUUUCAGUUUUCCUCUCCUUUUCUUCUCUCUCUCUUUUUUUCCCCCACUGAAGAAAUUGAGAUAAAUUAUUUUCAUAACCAAUGAAGACAAAAUCUAAAUGGUCAGGAAGAAAUUUCAACGUCUGAACAGAAACAGUAGUCAAUGGCAUACUGAGGCAUGCAGUAAGUGAGAGUGUGAGAAAGCUGUUAUCACAUGCCAGUGCAUGCUUCCAGUAUUUCCAGCCUUCUCACCUGCUAUGUGGACAGUAAGCAUGUUUCUAACAUGCAGACACACACAAAAGAGAAUAAGGAUCAACCACAUAUGUAAGAAUGGUACAGAAGGUAUCUGGCCCUGUUCUUGUCAAUUUUAUACUAGUGCAAAUAAAAAUCCAGUAACUGUAAUGUAUCUUAAGAAAUCUGAUGUGUACUGUAAAGUGAUGUGAUACACAAGUGAACAAUAAGAUAUUAACUGUACAUAAUAUUUAUAGGCCUUUUCAUGAUGUGAGCCAUAUAUUUUUCAGUGUUAUGUUUGUAUAUAUUUAUAGAGUAAUUUGAAGUAAAAUUUCUAUGAAGGCUAAUGUGGAGUAUGAAUUUAAUGUUUACAUUGGAUGCCAUACCUUUACAUUAACACAAUAAAAAUAUCAUCAAAAUAUAUGUUGGAAAUUUAUUCACCCAACAUGUUUCAGACCACCAGGGUCAUCAUCAGGGGUAUACACAAAGUUAAUACAGGACAUGUUUCUUAUAGUACACAAUAAUUGUUUAAUAAAAUAUGGUUCAUGCACUUGGAGAUGAAUACAGUCAUUAAAAUUAAUAUCUGAGUUUACAAAGAUCAGAAACUUUAAUUUAUUUAAAACCAUAUGGUUUUAGAAACUGGUGUAGAGCUGCUUACUGCCUCUAUCAUCUGGGCAAUGAUAGUAGUAGCAAAUCACCUCUGAAUCAUAAGUAAUUUUCUACCAGACUACACAGUGCAACAUCUCAGAAGAUAGUCAUCUUCAGUCUAUCAAGUUUAUCAAAAUAGUCAAUUAUUACACAAACAUUUCUUAUGAUGCAUACCUCACCAUGAGUUAUAAUUCUUAUUUGAAACAUUUAUUUUGUGUACACAAGGCUGUGUAAAUAAUUAUUUAGUUACAAUAAAGUAAAAUCAAGACUACAGAA